GUGGCUUGGAGUAAUGAUCUUGCUAGGAUACUUUCAGAUUGAUGUAAAGGUCAUCAAACAGUGGCCUAUUUUCACCUGGGACAUCAACCCCUGUCAACCCACCAAAAAUGUCAUGUUCCUCAAGACCCACAAAACUGCCAGCAGCACGGUUUUGAACAUCCUCCUUCGCUUCUCAGAGAAACACAACCUCACUGUGGCCCUUCCAAAUGGCCAGAAUGUCCAUCUGGGCUACCCUAGCCACUUCAAAGCUACAUUUGUUGAGGAGUUCAAAACCAUUGGCCAAAACUUCAACAUCAUGUGCAACCACCUAAGGUUCAAUUUACCAGAGAUAAGAAGAGUAAUGCCGAACAACACCUUCUAUUUUUCUAUCCUGAGGGACCCUGCUUCAUUGCUGGAAUCCUCCUAUGUUUACUACAAAACCUAUUGCCCAGCUUUUAGAGAAACUAAGGAUGUGAAUGAGUUUCUGUCAUCUCCAUUGUCAUACUAUAAUCUAAGUGAAAAGAGAUACAAUGUUUAUGCUCGGAACAACAUGUGGUUUGACUUCGGCUACGACAACAAUGCAGUGUAUGAUGAGUACUAUUUCCAAUCUGUCAUUCAGGACAUUGAGCAGAAUUUCCAGUUGAUGCUGAUUGCUGAUUAUUUUGAUGAGUCCAUGAUCCUUCUGAAAAAUGCUUUGUGCUGGGAUCUGGAUGAUGUGGUUUAUUUUAAGCUGAACAGCAGGAGCCGAGACAGCGUCCAGAGCUUGACUCCAGAGAGCAAGGAAAAGGUGAAAGAGUGGUGCACAUUGGAUUGGAAACUUUACAAUCACUUCAAUAAUAGCUUCUGGAUGAGGAUUCAGGAGACGCUGGGCCUGGAGAUGUUAUACAAGGAGGUGAGCCUUCUGCAGAAGAGGCAGAAGGAACUGAUGGAGACCUGCCUCUUGGAGGAAACAGCAAUUGAUAAAACCAGAAUCAAAGACAAGAAACUGAAGCCCUACCAGUCAGGGCAGGCCAAUAUCCUGGGCUAUAACCUUAAGCAGGAUUUAGACAAUACAACCCUGAAAAUCUGUCAAAAGAUGAUAAUACCUGAGCUCCAGUAUAUGGCAUACCUGUACAGUCACCAGUUCCCAAACAAGACGAGAAAACCCAUAGACUUUCCCACUCAGCAGAGAUGA